AUGGACAGUGUAGAUGCAACAGAACAUUAUGAUACCACCAUCCAAGGUGUUCCGCCAUCUUUACUCGUUAUUGUCCUCGAUACAAACCCCCAUGCCUGGGCACUCCUCUCUCCAACCCUUCCCCUCUCGAAAGCUAUAGCAAAUAUCCUCGUCUUCAUAAACGCACAUCUUGCAGCCAACCAUGCAAAUCAGGUGGCCGUGGUAGCAAGUCAUUGCCAUCGGGCAGUAUGGCUUUAUCCGCGGGCGCCCUCAUCUUCAGAGGAUGUCGAAAUGACCGACCAAACCCCCCCCGAUCUCAAUGAUGCCAAUAAAUACCGUCCUUUUGCUCUGAUCGAGGACAGUCUACUUGCGUCCCUCCGUGAUCUGAUCGCAACGACGACGGAAGAUGACAUAGCUACGACCAACACUACACAGAUGGCUGGAGCCCUUACCUUGGCCCUGUCUUAUAUUAAUAGAGCCACAGUCAAUUUCUCUGAUGCCGAUUCAAGCUCGAAAACUGCUUCAACUGCUAUAGAAAAUCCGGAAAACACAUCGAGUCUACAGAGCCGCAUUCUAGUUGUUUCGGUAUCAGGGGAUUUGGCACACCAAUACAUACCCAUCAUGAAUACCACAUUCGCUGCACAACGCCUGCGGGUCCCAAUUGACAUAUUAAAGCUAGCCGGGGACACGGUAUUCCUACAACAAGCAUCAGAUACCACGAAAGGGAUAUAUAUGCAACUAAGCAACCCUCAAGGUUUGUUACAAUACCUGAUGAUGGCAUUCUUACCCGACCAAACGAGUAGGAAACAUCUAGUCCCUCCAACGCAGCAGGUGGUAGAUUUCAGAGCAGCGUGCUUCUGCCACAGGAGAGUUGUAGAUGUGGGGUUUGUGUGUAGUAUCUGUCUAAGCAUAUUCUGCUCGCCUCCAGAAGGCGCCAUUUGCUUGACAUGCUCCACGCACCUUGCGCUUGGCGAUUAUGGCGCAAAGCCAGCUGUCGUGGCUCGCAAGAAAAAGAAGAAGCGGAGAAUUAAUGGAGCGAUGGAGACUCCUAGUGGGUCAGCAACACCUGCACCCGUCGAAUAA